AUGUUUGCGAAAUAUGCUGGUAACAUUGGUGUUCCCACGACUAGAUUAUUCUCAAACAAACCCGAAAGGCCGCAGAGGCGUUGCCCUAAGAUUAUUGAACCUAGAUGCGACCCGAAGGACGAAAACGUAGGCAAAGAUCAUAAAUUGAAAUUGACCGACAAGGUGUUUACUGCUAAACCCAAAAAGUCCAUGUGGGAGUUUCCUGAGUGCAGUGGUAAUAUCUGUCAAAAAAUGCCAGUACGUAUGGAUGAGCUCUAUUAUAAGAUGAGCGACAAAAGACGCACAUAUACGCAAACAUGGAAAACUGGUCCUUCUCUCCGUACAGAAGUUUCCGAAAUAUAUCCGCCAAUCUGUCGUGCACACCCAGCACCGACAAGGCUUCCACGCAUAAAAACAAGACGCAUAACAGCUUGUCGUUUUGCCCGUUAUGUUAACUGGUUGAUACCUUGCAAAGGUCAAAUUCCAAAACGUCCUUGCCCUUGGUUUGUAAUGGAAAACUGUCCCAAUGUAUAUGGGAAGUGGAAAAAUCCAGUCAAAUGUGAAAAGGUACCUACUCCGUAUCCUUGCUACUCUGAUUGCGAGCGUUCUGGACAAGUCGCACUUAGAACAAUCGAGUGCAAAUGCUUAGAUAGACCGGCGAUGUGUGAAAUAUGGGAGCAAUCACGGAGACGGAAAGCUUUUAUUAAAGGUAGAGAACCAGAUAUAGGGCCUUUUUUUGAAAGGGUGGAUGUAGAAUAUAAGGUAUGCAACAACGAUAAGAACAAAAAAGGAAAUUCGAAAUUAGAUUGA